AGAGGAAAUAAAUAGUUAAAAGUGUUUUCUAUUAUUGGUAACGGUUCUAACAGAUAGUUGAAAUAUUUUUCUAGGGCUAGAUGGACAACCCUGUGUGAUUACAUGCGAGCUUAGAAAUGCAUUACAAAUUGGAACAUCCCACGGAAAGACUGGUGAGGGAAUUCGUCGACAAAUAUUACGUUUUCGAAUUCCUUCUCCUUUUUUUAAUUGUUAUGCUGACGUCGUGGAUUAAGUCAUUUCCCAAUUUAACUGGGUACUGCCCAAGGAAUUUGGACAAUUUCACUGUUAUCAACAGGUUCUUCAACGACGAGGAAUCGUCUGUCACAGCUGAUUCGCAUUAUUCCUUGAGCACAAAUAAUUCUGAAGUAGAUACCAGGACGAACCACCUUGCCGCGUACAGCCAGCCGGCAACGGGGGCACUCGAAAUUUGCCCGGUGUACCAAACGGAAAUCGAACCCAACCCGAUACCGCACACCUUCGCCGAAGAAACCACGAGGCCCAGGUCUUGUACCUAUCUUUGUACCCGUAGCGGCCGGAAGUAUGCAAGACGACAAAUAUAAAAAGUAAAAAUGUAAAAACUAUUUGUA